AACCGACAUGUGAACGUGGCUUUAAGUAUUUCAUUUUUACUGGAUUAACAACGUUCACAUGAAACAUUGUCGGACAGUAUCUUAAAUAUCUUAAGUGUCUUAGAUACUUAAGCUUGGUAUUAGGAAAUAUAGUCUGAUGCUAAAUAAUUUAAAAGAACAAGGUUGGAUUGUAUGAAAGUUUCAUCAUGAAGGGUUUGAUACUUCUUCUGUUGGCAUGUUUAUUGAUAACACAAGCAAAAGAAGAGCAAUUCGUUAUAACAUCAGUCAAUUGCGCCAUUGAAACUAAUUCAGCCUCCUCUAUUCGAAUAUCAGGAAAAGAGUAUUCUCGCAAGCGCGAUGGAUUGAACAUGGUGGUAUAUAAUCCAAUCUUAAAUCAAGUUGUAAUAUCGAUUAGUUUUGGACAUACGAAAUCAAAACGUUUUGUGGACUUCUUCGAGGCAAUCAAGCCGCACAUGAUUGUAAUCGUGACGUCACAAGUACUAUGCAGCAAAAAGAGUUCAACGGAUUUACGAAUACAAAAAUCUAUUUUACAUGGUUUAAACAGAAUGGCGUUUGAUACAUAUGAUACGUCCCCACUAAGUAUGAGGUCCGCAGUGUUUAUUUUCUGUAAAGAUGAAUGCAGCGACAACAUAACAUCUAGUAUAGAAUUCCCUUAUAAAAACAUACAUGCAUUUGGUGAAGACCCUAUCAUGGUAUCAUUUGUCAUAUCAACCAUCCAAACUGAAGUAUCUUCGAAGGAGAAUGAUAUUGUCCCACGUGGUCCAAACACAACUGUGUUAUACGCUAUCAUUGGCUGCUGCGUUGUCUUCAUUGUCGUGUCAUGUUUCAUAUUUGCUGGAUGUUGGUACAAAAGAACAAAAUCUGAGCAACAGAAUCUCGAACGGCAGAGAUCGUGCAGCAAAGAUUAUAUUUCAAAUUGCGAAUUGACUUAUUGUGAUGAUUAUAAAAGCAGGCUUCAGCAGACAACUAGUGCAAGGCUAUUUGAUCGACUGAAAUCAAAGAGUCGAAAAAGUCAAAAAGAAGGCGGGAAUCAAAAAGAAGGCACGAAUACUUCCUUCGCCACAUAUAUAAAGGUCGAACAUAAAAACAAAUGUCAGCUUUACAAAGUUCCGUCAGGCGUAUCGAAACACCAACCGCCAUCUUUGCCGCCGCCCCAUAAUAUAUUGAAACCAAGAGAUGGAAGUCAUGAGUCUAACCCAUCAUUGGCUGAUAGUUAUCUGUUACCGCAUGAGUAUGCUAAUCCUGAGCGGGAAGGAACAAAAAUAGCUCAAGAAAGAGGAAAAACGAAUCAGGAAAAACUGAAUUUGCUGCACUCUGAUUACGAGUUCUUGGAUUUAGAAGACGGCACACGCGAUGAAACAAGCAAUAACUUUGCAGAAUAUACUUCACUUGAAGAAUACUUAAAUGACGAUUAUGUUGUUCCCGCUUCACUAAGGUGGCAAGAUGAUUUUGAAAGUUGAUGCUCAGGAAUCUCAUUUCAAUAGAUGCAACUAUAAGCAGUUUUAGCGACAAAAUUGUAAGAACAUACCAACUUGGAGAAUACACUUACUUGACAUUAACACGGUAUUAGAAACAAAAGAUUUUAAAAUUACAUGCUAAGGUGCAUGCUCACUUAACACUUUUUGUAUCGCGAGCGGGCGGGCGUAACCUGUGUGCACGCAUUGAUUCAUGGGAAUUUUACGUUAAAUUUUAACAUUUGUAUAGAAUAAAAGAAACAACAGGAUUUUCUUCUUGUUUGUGAUUAGUUUGAAACCUCUAAAUUAUUCUGUAAACAGUAAAAUAAUUCCAGUUGAUAAGGGCUUCUUGACUACCUAUUGGUUAACAUCGUACCAAAUCGUUCACAUCACGCGCAUGCGCAGGAAUAUAAAUUGUGUCUGUAUAUACAAAAACUGGUAAGUGAAAGCCGGCAUUUGUAAGAAGUAUGGUACAAAAUAUGUGGUAAAAAUAUUGUAUAUAAAUAUAUUGUUUAUAGAAUGUAAUUAGUCGUAGGAUAGCUCCAAAAAAUUUUUUUAAUUGUAAAAGAAUAGAUGAAACACAACCUAUGAUGACAGAGACAAAAUAUAAAAUCAUAGAAUAUAACCUAAUGAGUUGUUACAAUGUUAAUUAAAUAGUUAUCCUUCCCUUCACAUGAAAACAGCAUGCGGAUGUUUGAGACUGAUCACCACAAAAAAUAUAACAAAGUAAAAAGCAAAAAGUCAACCUCGUCCCCAGGGCGUCUUGUAUCUU